UGAAAACGAGGCUUUCACUAGUUCGAUAUCUGGUUCGAUUUCGGACCAGGCAAUUUCCCACUUUCGGACGCUUUCUGCUUAUUGUCAUGUAAAGACUGUCUUCCCGUCGUUUGAUCGGGUCAAACAUGGCAUCUGUGCGCUUCGCGGUCAGCUCCGUGAAGGAAGAUGAAGACGGAAUAAGCAACGAGCCGGUGGCGGCAAGCUCGCCGAGCGAGUCGAGCGCGCCGCUGUCCCCCGUCUCCCCACCGCCGAGGAUCGAGAUCGUGGAGUACGGAAGGGAACCCCACACGUACCAGAAAGAUGGUGUAGAAGAGGAGGAUGAGACAGGGGAGGCCACCUCCCCCACAUCUCCUACAUCCCUCACUAACUCACAUGAUAAGGACAAGGAACCCGGAGUGGCAGACAGUAAUGAACUGUUACUCCAACCUAAAGGAAAUGGCCCGGCCAAACAUAACGAAGCGAGUCCCUUCAUAGAUUUAGAGAAGGAUGAUCCGGAGACAAAUCUAGCUUUGUAUGAGGAUGAGAUCCACAGACGACCCGUGGUGUCGACCAUACUACAGGGGCUGGUCAGCUACAACCCUGUCCAACCUGGGGAGAAGGAACAUCAGCAGGGGGAGGGCAAACAAGUUCCACGGAAAAACCAGCUGGGCACAUUGAUAGGAGUGUACCUGCCAUGUCUACAAAACAUCCUGGGUGUGCUGCUGUUUGUACGUCUGUCAUGGAUCGUGGGCAUGGCAGGAGUACUGGAAGCCUUCAUCAUCGUCUUCAUGUGUUGCUGCACGACCAUGCUGACAGCCAUAUCCAUGAGUGCUAUUGCUACCAAUGGCAUCGUGCCAGCCGGAGGCUCGUACUUCAUGAUAUCCCGCUCCCUGGGGCCAGAGUUCGGAGGAGCUGUGGGGAUCCUGUUCUACCUGGGAACAACGUUUGCAUCAGCUAUGUACAUUCUGGGAGCCAUUGAAAUUCUGUUGACCUACAUAGCACCAAACAUGAUCCUGUUCGGCACCAUCACUGGACCAGAGGGCCAGAACAACCUCUUCAACAACAUGCGCGUGUACGGAACGGCCCUACUUGUCCUCAUGGGCGGGAUCGUGUUUGUGGGGGUCAAGUUCGUCAACAAGUUUGCCACGGUUGCCCUGGCCUGCGUCAUCCUCUCCAUCCUGGCUAUCUUCAUCGGGUUCUUUGUCACUGCGGGCCUCCCCCCGACACAACCCAGGAUCUGUGUGAUAGGAGAGAUCCUGGUGAACCCCCCUGAUAAUGACUGUAGCUACAUAGGACCCAACAACACAGUCAACGACCUGUGGAGGGCCUACUGCGGGGAGGAGACCAACGCCACGUGUGACCCCUACUACGAAGACAACCACCCAAUACGAAUUGCUGGUAUCCCUGGCCUCGGGCGCAACAAUGAGUUUGUUAAGAACGGACUGAACAGCUACAUGUUGGCGGGAGACGCGGCGCCUCGCAGAGUGGGCUCCCCUGACAGGUACGAGAUCGUGGCCGACAUCACGACAACCUUCACCGUCCUGCUGGGAAUCUUCUUCCCUUCUGUCACAGGAAUCAUGGCAGGUUCCAAUCGGUCAGGUGACCUGAAGGAUGCCCAGUACUCCAUUCCCAGGGGAACCAUCGGUGCCAUAGCAACCACCUCCACCAUCUAUUUGACCUCUGUUCUCAUGUAUGGAGGCACCGCAGAUGGACGACUGCUGAGAGACAAAUAUGGUGACAGCAUGGGAAAAGGCAUGUUAGCAGCCCAAGUCUGCUGGCCGAAUGAGUGGGUGGUGCUGAUUGGUUCCUUCCUGUCCACCGUGGGGGCGGGGCUGCAGAGCCUGACUGGUGCACCCCGCCUGCUGCAGGCCAUCGCAAAGGACAAUGUGAUCCCGUUACUGGGUAUCUUCUCCCGCCAGUCCAAGCGUGGGGAGCCCACCUUUGCCUUCUUCCUCACACUGUUCAUCUCAGAGGUGGGCAUCCUCAUCGCCAGUCUGGAUGCUGUCGCCCCCAUCAUCACCAUGUUCUUCCUGAUGUGCUACCUGUUUGUCAACGUAGCCUCUGCACUGCAGACACUGCUCAAGUCCCCCAACUGGCGACCCAGAUUCAAGUUCUAUCACUGGACCCUGUCCAUCCUGGGUGCAGGUCUGUGUGUGGCGCUCAUGUUCAUCUCCAGCUGGUACUAUGCCCUGGCUGCUAUGGUCCUGGCUGGGGGGAUCUACAAGUACAUAGAGUACAGAGGGGCUGAGAAGGAAUGGGGAGAUGGUAUCAGAGGUCUGGCCCUGUCCGCUGCCCGGUACAGUCUGCUCAGACUGGAGGAUGCACCACCACACACCAAGAACUGGAGACCACAGAUCCUGGUCCUGUGCAAACUAGAGGAUGACUUGGUGCCAAAACACAAGCAGCUGCUCACCUUUGCCAGCCAGCUUAAAGCAGGCAAGGGUCUCACCAUGGUAUCAGCAGUAGUGGAGGGAGAAUAUGUGGACAACUAUGGCACAUGGCAAGCAGCAAAGCAGUCUCUGAAGAGAGUAAUGGAGGAGGAGAAGGUGAAAGGUUUCUGUGAAGUCAUGGUGACUCCCAAUGUUAUACAAGGCCUGUGUCACAUGAUCCAGACUGCAGGUUUGGGUGGUCUGAACCACAACACAGUUGUGCUGGGCUGGCCACAUGGAUGGAGACAGGCCACAAAUCCCAUGGCUUGGAGGGUCUUCAUUGAAACUGUGAGGAACGUGUCUGCAGGACACCAGGCCCUGCUCGUGCCCAAGGGAAUCCAGCUGUUCCCUGACAACAAUGAGAAGUACACAGGCACCAUCGACGUCUGGUGGAUUGUCCAUGAUGGAGGCAUGCUGAUGUUACUCCCCUUCCUUCUCAAGCAACACAAAGUCUGGAAGGCCUGCAGGAUGAGGAUCUUCACUGUAGCUCAGCUGGAGGAUAACAGCAUCCAGAUGAAGAAGGACCUGGAACACUUCCUGUACCACCUGCGUAUCGAGGCAGACGUUCAGGUCGUGGAAAUGAUGACCAGUGACAUCUCAGCCUACACAUAUGAACGUACCCUGAUGAUGGAACAGCGUAAUCAGAUGCUGAAACAGAUGCACCUCAGUAAGAGAGAGAGCAGGAAAGAGAUCCAAUCCCUGACAGACAUGCACAGGUCUAAGGUCCCUAGCACCAUCAGUGAGAGCACCAUCUCAGAGGUGGACGAGGAGGAGCCUUUUGCCAGUGGGAAGACAGCCAAGACCAAAGGCGACUAUGGUUCCCUCGAUGAAAAGGUAUCAAAAAUGGACCCCUGGAGCCCGGAGGUACAAAAGGUGGUCGACAUUCAUCACAAAGCACGUGACAGCAAAGGGGAGGAGUCAUCCCCCGACGAUGUACUCCUGGAGGGGGCCACGCCCACCAAGGAAGAGGAGGCUGAGCCAAAGAAGAAGAAGACCUUACCGCCCAAGGGGGACUUUGGAAACCUUCUCGACAUUAAGCCAGAUGAGCGUAAUGUCCGGCGGAUGCACACAGCAGUGAAGCUGAAUGAAGUGAUAGUACAGAAGUCCCACGGAGCCAAGCUGGUACUGAUCAACCUGCCGGGCCCACCCAAGAUGAAGGCUGGCGAUGAGAACUACAUGGAAUUCUUGGAGGUUCUAACAGAGGGACUGGAACGUGUGCUGAUGGUACGGGGAGGCGGACGGGAGGUCAUCACCAUCUACUCAUAAACUACAACACCCUGACCACCCCUGUUCUAAAAACAAAGUGGACCACUCCAACAGAUGACCCACCCAACUUCAGACUAGUCCACUUGAGAACGGGUUACUCCAAGUUGUUAGAUGGCAACUACAUGUUGAUGUUACAGAAUGUAUUUUAGAGAUUGUUUUCAGAGUUGGAUACAGCGUUGAAUCACUGGUUUGUGGUUGUACACUUAGAUUUUGCUGUACUACAAAAAAGAUCAGCAGUCACUGUAGCACAAGAAAGGUUUGAUGUAUGUUAUGAUAUCUGGUUUGUACUUAAAGAAAGUUUGGAGUAGGGUCCAGCUGCAGUAUCUGUACCUCACAAGUUGAAAUCACUACUGUCUACAAGUACAAUCAAGCAAUGCAGUCUUACCUCUUACCUAUUGUUGGACGGGGCACACUCUGCUAUUAGUAAAUGCAUUCAGCUUGUUAUUACAUGUAAUGUACAGUGCUCGUAUGUCAUCCUAAUUUCAAUAGCAAUCCAUUGCUUGAAUUCAUGUCCUUUGAUGUCAUCCACACAAGGGUAAAAUGUGAGAACCAAGAGACUUACAGCUAAAAAACUAGAAAACAAACUCAUUUUUUAUUUUGCUCUGACAUGUUCUACACUGAAAUCGUUUUGUACAAUUUGUUCCCUUAGAUGUUCGUUUGGACUGAACUACUGUAGCUGCUAUAUAGUGCUGAAAGUAGAAGCACAACGUUGUACAUAAGUCAGACCACUUUGUAUAUUUGUUGAUGUGGGCUGAUGUAGCUCAGAGUAGAGAAGUUUACGGGUGAUCUGCUUGUUUGUGCCAUAGCAGAACGAUUCCGGUUGCUGUUACUGAGUUGUGGUUGUCAUAUUUUCAAAAAAGGAAUUUUCUGAGGGGUUUGUAGGAAGGAGGAAUGUACGAGUUUCAACGUUUGUACCAAGUGUUUUACAUGACAAAAA